AUGUUUGGUUCGGAAUCAAAAGGCAGAGCCAUCAAUCUUCGCAACUUCUCGGCCCACAAGAAACAAGUGUUGUGUUCAAAAAUUGGGCGUAAAUCUGGUCAGAUUGUAGCAACUGGAGGUGAAGAUGCAUUAGUAAAAUUAUGGCAUGUGGCUAACGACGAGCCCUUAAUGUCGUUGGCAGGACAUAAGAGUCCGAUCACUUGUAUUACUUUCAACAGUACGGAGGAUGUUGUUAUUGCUGGCUCAGAGAGUGGGUCCAUUAGAUUAUGGGACUUAAACUCGGAACAGCCAACAUCAUCAAAAACAUUUCAGGGCGGCCAUAGGUCAGCAGUGACUUGUGUUGAUUUUCAUCCUUUCGCUUCUGAAUACUUUGCAACAGGAUCGCUUGACACAAACGUAAAAGUAUGGGAUUCAAGAGUUAAAAAAGACGUGCAGUCACAUAGAGGAGAAUCAGAAAAUUAUAAGGAACCAAUUUCAUCGUUAAGAUUUACCCCAGACGGCAAGUGGAUUGUCGCCGGAGGAGAAGAUGGAACCAUCAAAAUUUAUGAUAUCACAACUGGUAAAAAGUUUGGACAAAUUCAGAGUCACAGAUCGACAGUUACCACCAUUGAUUUUCACCCCUCUGAAUUUUACUUGGCAACAGGAAGUGCAGACAGAACUGUUCAAGUGCUGAGCUUGGAGGACACAAUUGAGGUUGUUUCAAAGUCUGACAUUUUCCCAUCAGGAGUGAAGUCAGUACAAUUUAGUCCUGAGGAUGGAUCAGUGCUGUUAUCUAUCUGUGAUGAGGGAAUGAAGGUUCAUGCUUGGAACUCUGCCAACAUGCGUUGUAUAGAUACCAUUGAUGCCAAGUGGGGUAACAUUAGCGACGUCAAUCUUCAUCAAGGUCUUAAUCAAAUAUUUGCAGUAAGUGCCAAUCCAACUGUAACGGGAUAUGUAGGUAUUUGGGUGAUACCAGUUGAUUCUGUGAGGCCGUGGUACAAUGGUCAAGAAGACAAGAAGAUGCAUUUCUCUCCUCAAGUGACCAAGGAAAUGGUAAAUGAGACUCUUAAUAGCUCAACUGAGGAUGUGUUAAAUGAAAUACGAAAUAGAAAACCUGUGAGUGUGGCAACUACAACCACCAACAGAGGAGAGGUUAUCACAGUGACCAAAGUUUCUGGGAAAGAAGAACACCUGUGUUGGGCGGACCUCAAACACCACCAAGUGAGGUUAUCGUAUCGUCGAAAAGAAAGGAGCCAGCCAAUAUUGAUAUUGAUUCUUUCGUUCCAGUAA